AUCCCACAGAUCAUGUUGCUCUACAUAUGGACCGCAGCCCUGGUGGCAGCAGUAUACCUAUACUGCCGACAGGUUUACUCAAGAUUCAGCAAACAUGGCGUCAAACACUUAAAGCCCGUACCCCUGCUGGGGAACAUGAGUCCUAUAAUAUUCAGAACUCAGCAUUUUAUUGAUUUGGUUGGUGAGCUGUAUAACAAGUUUCCUGAAGAAAGGUUUGUGGGUAACUUUGAAUUCAUAAAGCCCACGGUAUGCCUAAGAGAUAUCGACCUGAUCAAGAAAAUCACCAUUAAGGACUUCGAGCACUUCCUCGACCAUCGCGGAUUCGUCAGUCCAGAAACUGACCCGUUAUUUGGAAGGAACUUGUUCUCUCUAAAAGGUCAAGAAUGGAAGGACAUGCGUUCAACAUUAAGCCCAGCGUUCACGAGCUCGAAGAUGAAGCACAUGCUGCCAUUCAUAGUCGAGGUGGGCAACCAGAUGGUCAUGUCGGUGGAUCGGCAGUUGAAGGAAUCGAAAAAUAAUUACAUAGACAUUGAAGUCAAAGACAUGUCAACCCACUACGCUAAUGAUGUAAUAGCGUCCAGUGCCUUUGGCCUAAAAGUCGACUCCUACUCGGAGCCAAACAAUGAGUUUUACAAAAUGGGACAUAGGACUACUAACUUUGGCUUAGCGGCUAUUCUAAAAUUUGUCGGAUAUGCGUCAUUUCCUCGCCUCAUGAAGCUAAUGAACAUAAACCUCUUCCCGGCUGAUGUGACGAAUUUCUUCAAGCACUUGGUACUCAGCACGAUGAGGGAUCGUGAAGCGCACAAUAUUCUGCGACCAGACAUGAUUCAUUUACUUAUGGAGGCCAAGAAAGGUCGACUUGUUCACGAAGAUUCCACCAAAGAUGAUGAUGCUGGAUUUGCUACAGUGGAAGAGUCUAAUGUCGGCAAAAAGAAAAUUAACAAAGAUUGGACAGACGAAGACCUGAUCGCACAGGCGGUUCUUUUCUUCGUCGCCGGUUUUGAGACUGUCUCCACGGCCAUGACCUUCCUCCUUUACGAGCUGGCUCUCAACCCUGAGGUCCAGGAGAAGCUGGCAGAGGAAGUAAGAAAGCAUGAGAAGAGGAGUAGCGGCAAGUUUGAUUACAACUCCAUUCAGAACAUGGUAUAUUUGGAUAUGGUGGUGUCGGAAUCUUUACGACUUUGGCCUCCAGCUAUUGCAACAGACAGAGUUUGUACGAAGGACUACAAUUUAGGGAGACCCAACAACACAGCUACUCAAGAUUUUAUUCUUAAAAAGGGUGACGGCAUCAACGUACCAAUAGUGGCAAUUCAUCGCGACCCAAAAUACUUUCCGAAUCCCAUGAAGUUCGAUCCUGAGCGCUUCUCUGAGGAGAACAAGAAAGAGAUUCAACCCUUCACUUACUUACCUUUUGGUCUGGGCCCAAGAAACUGCAUUGGGUCCCGAUUCGCGCUGUGCGAAGUGAAGGUGAUGGUGUACCAGCUCGUCCAGCGCUACGAGCUGACGCCGUGCGAGAGGACCACCAUCCCCUGCGAACUGGCCAAGGACAACUUCAACCUGAGGAUCAAGGGAGGGCACUGGUUGAGGCUAAAACCGAGGGCUUAGUAUAAACGUGUAAAAUAAAAAAAAUGUGUCAAAUCCCUGAAUAUUAUAAAUGCGAUAGAAUAGAAUCAGACCAAGGAUAGUCUGCAGCGAAAUAGAAUCAGAUCAAGAAUAGUCUUCUUAACGUAAUUGUAGUAUAAAAAUUUAAAGUAACAAUGCACCUUUGUAGUAUGAAAUUAUGACGUAUAAAUGACACUUGCGCUGCGGGGGCUAUCAAAUCCGCUGCAGACUUUUUUUGUUCCGACUCUAGUAACGUUAUCUGUUGUUUCCUCUUGUUUGCAAGACAGCUGAAUUACACCUCCGCGGAGGUUGGCAGCUUACAUAUUAUAAAAAAAGUUAGUGUAGCUUCGUUUGUUUUUUUACUUGUCAAACCAGAUAUUAUUUUUUACCACAAUAGAAGAUUAAACAUUUUAUUUUA